CGUCGCCAUGGCGGCUAACGCUACCACUAACCCGUCGCAGCUGCUGCCUCUAGUUCUGGAGCAUCUGCGCACCACCCCGUGGCUGGGCACGAUUCGACACAUUUAAGUCACGGCCAUUGCCGCCUUUAGCACACACACCAGUGGAGGGGAGAGGAGACUGGACAAAUAAACCUCACACCAGACAGCGCCCGGCCGGCUGGAGAGAUGUGCGAGCUGCUCCGCAGAGGACAGGGCAGAGUCAGGAGCUUGUGGACAAGUGUAUAGGAUCAAGAAUUCACAUCGUGAUGAAGAGUGAUAAGGAAAUAGUUGGCACUCUUCUAGGAUUUGAUGACUUUGUCAAUAUGGUACUGGAAGAUGUCACUGAGUUUGAAAUCACACCAGAAGGAAGAAGGAUCACUAAAUUAGACCAGAUUUUGCUAAAUGGAAAUAAUAUAACAAUGCUGGUUCCUGGAGGAGAAGGACCUGAAGUAUGAAUGGAUUUCCUUGACUUACAUUAGAUUCGGUUUUGUCUUAUGAUGACAACAACAUAUUUUUUUUAAACCUUUCACUGUCUGGAUUCUGUGAAGCCAAGUUUCCUGUUAAAGGGGAAUGCUUUGAAGAGGCAUUGUAAAUGCCAUUUUUUAAGUUAAUCAUGUUUAUCUUGGGAUCUUGGGGGGAAAAAGAACAUUGAAGACUAAAAUAAAGGUGGUUUUGGUUAA